CGGAAAACCAAUAUUUCGAAUUCCCCAAAGGGAAGGCAUCCAUUUUUAAAGCCAGAGGCUUUAAUGUGGGAAAGCUCAAGGGAGAGCAGCUCAUGUCCCGUCGAGGUAGCAUCCUUCAGCCCCAUGAGCACGAUGUCUUGUUGGGACGAGGCGGCAAGAACAAUCAGGCUCUGGGGAAUGAAAAGCUACGAGAGAUGGCUCGGGUGGAGGCGGAAAACUACCGGAGAUCGACGAAGAAAGGGAAGUCAAGCAUUUCUCGAAAACUGGUACGGCAGAUGAGAGAACUUGAUCCACCAGCGAGGUUUAUGAAGAGAAAUUCUGACAAUUCAGAGUGGGAAGAUGUAGGCGACGAGUUUGCGAGGGAGAAAGCUAGCCAGGUAUUGCGGGACGCUGUUGCUGGGUUGCCUGAGAUAACGGGAAGUGGCGAUAUUGGCUACGACGAAGAACGAGAUACGCAGCCUCGUCUGGUGACAGCAUCGCGUUCGAGAGACUCUGCCUCUAGAGCAUACGCUGAAAUGCAGCCUACUCCUACACUACAGUGUAUAGCGUCGUCUUUGCCACCCCCUACUCCUCUUGCAGUGGGUUCACGCAAGCGGAGCCGCUACUCCCAACACUCGGAACAACAACCGACAGCAUAUCCGCGUCAAGGGUAUGCUCCCCACACCCCCACUGUAUACAGUCCUCCCCAAUAUCCUUAUUCAUACGACCACCCAGGCACUUAUACGCCAACACACUAUUCUGGCUUUCCAGCGCGUCCGCCGCUUCCGUCUUUUCUUCACGAACGCAUCAACCCACGCGUGGCUACCCGGCCAGCACGGGUUCAAAACCGAGACACUUCUACGGCAUCAAGCCUUUUAGGGGAGAUUCAAGAGCACGCUACGGAGUUCGAUUUGUUCAAUGGGGAGUUAUUGGCGAGCGAUACAGAAGAGGAAGUAAAGGAAUCACGAGCGCCAUCUGGCUAUCGCCGUGAUUCCUACGGCCACCCAGCGCCACCGUGGCCGUAGAAAAACUUUUUCACCUGUAAGUUUGCAUCCGCUUUUUCACCCGAGACUGGGACGAUGCUAGUGUUGGCAGCGGGGAAUAAAACUAGCGAAUUUCAGCGUCUUUUGUAUUGACUGUGAAUGUAAAUAAGUGUAUACCGAACGACGAAUAGCUUUGGUCAGUCUCUUGACUUUGUAGCUAUUGUCUCGACUGCAAAAA